AUGGAGAUCUCAGCAAUAACCCUGUCUCUUCCAAAAUCCCCACCUUGUCUUCCCUUCUCUUCUUCACAAUCCACCUUCUUUAACACCACUGCCUUCUUCAACAAAACCAGCAAGUCCUGUAAUUCUCUGGUUCUUGGCAAAACAAGACGUAGAAGUCAGAGGGCUAAAAGGGGUCUAACUUGCAAUGCUUUGUUUGGUCUAGGAGUUCCCGAAUUGGUUGUUAUUGCUGGAGUGGCUGCUUUGGUUUUUGGGCCCAAGAAAUUGCCUGAAGUGGGAAAGAGUAUUGGCAAGACUGUCAAAAGCUUCCAACAGGCCUCAGAACUUUGCAUUCAGCCCUGUGCAAAGAAUGUUCUUGGGCUGGUCAAUGAAACUUUUAAAGCAGCAAAAGAGUUUGAGUCUGAGCUUAAAAAGGAACCUGAUUCUGUAUCAGAGACACCUGGAGAGCACCCUACAGCAAUCAGUGAAGAGAAGAAACCAAACGCUGAAGUCUCUAGCUCUAAGGAGAGUAGAUGCAAACAAGUCAUUUCUCUCCCUCCAAAAGGCACCUGGAUGGACAAUACACCACUAGGGCCGGGGAGCUCCGAACCCAUGCUAAAAGGGACAAUACCUCUUAGGCUGAUGAUGUUUGGUUCACGGAAUCUGACUUUCCUCUCGAAAACCAUUAUUUAUCAGGAAUUUGAGAACUUGACAGUUAUGAGAGUAGAAACAGAUGAAUUAGGAAAUCCUCCACCUGAAGGGCUAGGAGAUGAUUUCUUUGAGCAGAUCUUGGCAGUGCAGACACCUGGUUAUGGUGGUGGUGGUGGUGGUGAGGUUAUGGGGUCCACCAGCCUGCCCAUGAUGGGGUUGCAGUUAGGGUCCAGUGCUGCUAAUGUUGGGUUAAUGAGGAGUAGUGCUAACAACAAUAUGGGAAUGAUGCCUUUAGGGUUGAACUUAGAGCAUCAUGGGUUCUUAAGGCAACAGCAAGAUGAUAGCAGUAGUUCUUUAGAUACCAACAACAGCAAUAAUAUCAAUAAUGCUUCUCCUUCUUCUAUCACUUCUGGACUAUUGGGGAGAGAUUCUGUGCACAUGACAAGCAUGUUUCCAACGUUUGGACAAUUGCAUCUUCAUCCAUCAAUCCGGCCUACAGCACCACCUCCUGGACCAACUCAAAUUCACCAGUUCAAUAGCCACCCAACAUCAGCUGUACCACAACCGCCUGGCAUACGGCCAAGGGUGCGAGCAAGACGGGGGCAAGCCACCGAUCCACACAGUAUUGCUGAGCGGCUGCGAAGAGUAAGAAUCACGGAGAGGGUGAAGGCUUUGCAGGAAUUGGUUCCCACCUGCAACAAGACGGAUAGGGCAGCGAUGCUUGAUGAAAUUGUGGACUAUGUGAAGUUUCUAAGACUCCAAGUCAAGGUUUUGAGUAUGAGCAGACUAGGUGCAGCAGGCGCUGUGGCUCAGCUCGUAGCUGAUGUACCACUAUCCUCAGUCCAGGGAGAGGGCGUUGAAGGAGGAGCCAAUCAGCAAGCUUGGGAAAACUGGUCAAAUGAUGGCACUGAACAAGAAGUAGCUAAGUUGAUGGAAGAAGACGUUGGAGCUGCCAUGCAGUUCCUUCAAUCCAAGGCACUGUGCAUCAUGCCCAUAUCACUUGCUUCAGCAAUCUUCCGAGCACGCCCACCUAACGCACCAACAAUCGGAACUUUAUGGGCCAAGUCGUGGAGCUUAGAGCUUGUACCACUUGUCAGAUGCAAGCUCUGUUUAAAAAUGGAAAGAAUUAUCAGAGAACAUAGCUUUUUAGACCUAACAGGAAGACUGGUCUCAGUUUCGGGUUCAACUGGGCUACAACAGAAAACUCAAUCUAAAGUAUCAAAAUACUCCUUCGGCCCAAAACUUAAACUAAGAAAAAGGACCCAGUUUGGCUCAAGACUCCAUCCCAGAACAUUCCUUAAUGUUUGGGUGGGUCAGGAGUGGCCAGGCUUUCAUCAGUCUUAG